AUGAGUGUAGAGGAUGGGGGUAUGCCAGGCCUGAGCCGUCCCAGGCAGGCCCGCUGGACCCUGAUGCUACUCCUAUCCACUGCCAUGUAUGGUGCCCAUGCCCCAUUGCUGGCACUGUGCCAUGUGGACGGCCGAGUGCCCUUCCGGCCCUCCUCAGCCGUGCUGCUGACUGAGCUGACCAAGCUACUGUUAUGCGCCUUCUCCCUGCUGGUCGGCUGGCAAGCAUGGCCCCAGGGGGCCCCACCCUGGCGCCAGGCUGCUCCCUUCGCACUAUCAGCCCUGCUCUAUGGCGCUAACAACAACCUGGUGAUCUAUCUUCAGCGUUACAUGGACCCCAGCACCUACCAGGUGCUGAGUAAUCUCAAGAUUGGAAGCACGGCUGUGCUCUACUGCCUCUGCCUCCGGCACCGCCUCUCUGUGCGUCAGGGGUUAGCACUGCUGCUGUUGAUGGCUGCAGGGGCCUGCUAUGCAGCAGGGGGCCUUCAAGUUCCCGGGAACACCCUUCCCCGUCCCCCUCCAGCAGCUGCUGCCAGCCCCAUGCCCCUGCAUAUCACUCCGCUAGGCCUGCUGCUCCUCAUCCUAUACUGCCUCAUCUCAGGCUUGUCUUCAGUGUACACAGAGCUGCUCAUGAAGCGACAGCAGCUGCCGCUAGCACUUCAGAACCUCUUCCUCUACACUUUUGGUGUGCUCCUGAAUCUAGGUCUGCAUGCUGGCGGCGGCCCCGGCCCAGGCCUCCUGGAAGGUUUCUCAGGAUGGGCAGCACUUGUGGUGCUGAGCCAGGCACUAAAUGGACUGCUCAUGUCCGUUGUCAUGAAGCAUGGCAGCAGCAUCACACGCCUCUUUGUGGUGUCCUGCUCACUGGUGGUCAAUGCCGUGCUCUCAGCAGUCCUGCUACGGCUGCAGCUCACAGCCGCCUUCUUCCUGGCCACAUUGCUCAUUGGCCUGGCCAUGCGCCUGUACUAUGGCAGCCGCUAGUCCCUGACAACUUCCACCCUGAUUCCGGACCCUGUGGAUUGGGCGCCACCACCAGAUCCCCAUCCCAGGCCUUCCUCCCCCUCCCAUCAGCAGCCCUGUAACAAGUGCCUUGUGAGAAAAGCUGGAGAAGUGAGGGCAGCCAGGUUAUUCUCUGGAGAUCGGUGGAUGAAGGGGUACCCCUAGGAGACGUGAAGUGUGGGUUUGGUUGAGGAAAUGCUUACCAUCCCCUACCCCCAACCAAGUUCUUCCAGACUAAAGAAUUAAGAUAACAUCAAUACCUAGGCCUGAGAAAUGACCCCAUCCUUGUUGGGCAGCUCCCUGCCUUGUCCUGAAUGAACAGAGUUGAUGAAAGUGGGGUGUAGGCAACAAGUGGCUUUCCUUGCCUACUUUAGUCACCCAGCAGAGCCACUGGAGCUGGCUAGUCCAGCCCAGCCAUGGUGCAUGACUCUUCCAUAAGGGAUCCUCACCCUUCCACUUAAUGCAAGAAGGCCCAGUUGCCACAGAUUAUACAAUCAUUACCCCAGCCACUCUGACAGUCUCCCCCAGUUCCAGCAAUGCCUAGAGACAUGCUCCCUGCCCUUUCCACAGUGCUGCUCCCCACACCUAGCCUUUGUUCUGGAAACCCCAGAGAGGGCUGGGCUUGACUCAUCUCAGGGAAUGUAGCCCCUGGGCCCUGGCUUAAGCCGACACUCCUCACCUCUCUGUUCACCCUGAGGGCCAUCUUGAAGCCCGCUACCCACUCUGAGGCUCCUAGGAGGUACCAUGCUUCCCACUCUGGGGCCUGCCCCUGCCUAGCAGUCUCCCAGCUCCCAACAGCCUGGGGAAGCUCUGCACAGAGUAACCUGAGACCAGGUACAGGAAACCUGUAGCUCAAUCAGUGUCUCUUUAACUGCAUUAGCAAUAAGGUCUUAAUAAAGUCUUCUAGGCUGUAGGGUGGUUCCUACAACCACAGCCA